AUGGUCCGUUUAAAGAGUAGAUACGUUUUAUUUGAAAUUCUUUACCCUCCUGUUACUGGGACGCAAUACUCAAAAACCGAAAUAUACGUCUCUAAUCAUACACAAUCUCCCCAUCAAAUUACAUCAAAGACUCUUUUGCAAGAGAUACGACGUUCUCUUCAAAUCAACUUUGGUGAUUAUGGUGCAGGUAAGGUCGCAUCACUGUUGCAACUAAAAUACUUCUCGAAUACAACAUCAAUGGGUAUUAUUAGAUGCCACCGCGAAGAUUGUACUUUGCUAGUAGCGGCAUUAAGUCUUAUUUCCAAAGUUGCAGACAUUGAUGGUGUCAUUAUUAAUCCAAUUAAAUUAAGUGGUACCGUUAAAAAAAUAGAGCAAUAUGGUGUGAGACGAAAUUCCAUGGCCAUUUCUUUUCUCAAAGCACAACCUAGUAGUAACUCACUCACAUUACAAACUUCGGAAAAUGAUAUAAAAAUCUUGGAUAGUCACCAAAACUUUUAG